AUGGCGGCCUUGGUUGCCAGCAGCAACUCAGCCAUCAGCCUCGACAAACUGACUGCCUGGUGGCAUCGUGGCCCACAGCUUUCAGUAAAGUCGUUGAAAGCCUAUUUGUGCAUGCUGCUUUGCAUUGAACUGCUUGGCCUGUCAGCACCGGAGCCCGCAGUCCUUUCGUUGCCCGAUGCCUUGAGACGAGUGCGGCGACAUCCCUACGGACCGGGAGACGAGUUGGGACUCAUGGAAGGUCCUGGCGUGGCAGAGUCACCGCAUCUGAUGCCACGGCUUCAGUAUUUGUUCAUGCCCGACUUGAACGACGGCACUGCCGAUGCCUAUAAUGACCUCUACAGCGUGCUACACCUGGGGAGCGGCGAUGUAUGUCUAUUUCGGAAGCCUGAGCAUGAUGUUCGUGCCCACCCAGAGCACAUGUUCUUCAUACUUUUUUUGAUGGGGGCUACCUUUGUCGUGCCCCAAUUGGGAGAUGCGUUCGCUCAAGCCUGGUUGUGGAAGUUUCUGGUCAUGAGCAUUCUGGCGCCAUACUACCUAGUAGCUGGCUUCGCGAAGUGGCGGUACGCUGGAUGGAUAUCAGUUCUGACGGGAACGUGGAUGCAGCGCAACUUGUUGAAUUUCCCGUCGUUCUUCCCCGGCUUCAAUGCCUGGGCAGCACACACCCCAUUGGUGACAGCGUUGUUUUCGCACGGAUGCAUGCUCGUCGAGUUUGUUGGGCCACUGCUCGUCCUUUCCAUCAAUGUUGGCAAGCCAUGUUCCAAGGUUGCGCAGUGGACGCUUACGGUGUGGAGUUGCUUUGUCCUCGGUUUUCUUGCGGGAGCCUUCGUGUUCCUCAGCCCAAAUUUUGUUCGCCAGGUUCCGUUGACAAUCCUGAUCCUACAUGGGCUUUGGUGCCCAGAUGGAUCUGAGAGCCAACGUCCUGACGCUCAAGACGCCCGACCUUUGGCAUAUCACUGCCGGGUCAUACUGGCAAUGCUGCUGUUGAGCUCAUGGUUUGCAGUUCAAGUGUGGUCAGACAUAUCACAUCUCACCGGGGCCACCCCACAAUUCUCAAAGCAUGAUCCAGGAUGGCCAAUUGGUGAGUUUUCCAUGUUCGUCAUCCUUCGCUCUGUCUCUCGAGAUUCUUGUGUGCUGUGGCCUUUGCGUGAAGAAGUGGCGGGACAUUUGGUCCGCCAAGAAGAGCGACACGUAAGCAUGGAAAAGCUUCACAAGUCAUGCGCAUGCUGCAGUUUGGAAGUGCGACCAAGCGCGGCUUUGGCCACACAAGCAUCGAAACCCGAUGCUUCAGUGCAAGGCUUUGUCAACAUGAACCUCUUCAAGACUUUUCCUGGGCGUCGAUGCAUCCUUGUGGCGCACAAGGGGCGGCUCGUCUACGAGCAUUAUGCCCCCGGCGCCGAUGCUUUCGAGCAGAUUGAGCUGGACAGCGCAGCGAAAACCGUGAGUGCACUGCUCAUCGGUGUCUUGGUCACACAAGGCAGGCUGGACAUUGACCGGCCCCUGGCGGAGUAUAAGGUGAAGCCUUUUGCUUACUGGGGUGACCGUGGCGAGUACUGGCCGUUGAUCACUGCACGUCACUUGAUGACUCACACCUCGGGCUUGGGCAAAGGACCCCCAGGAGUGAAAUUCGAAUACAACAGUGGUGAGCACAUCCAGCACCUGAGCGCCCUGAUCCGAGUGCUCACAUCAGAGCAUUACGCCAGUCCCGUGGACUGGGCAGAGGACCAGUUCGCCAAGCCCUUGGGACUUCCAGGCCUCUUUGAUCACGACGGUCUCGAUGGGGACAUUUCUAUCGGAGGAGGGCAGCUUAUGAGCUGCCCACAGCUGGCGCGGAUUGGCCAGCUCUUGAUGAACCGGGGCGCUUGGCCGAUUUCGUCUGCACCAGCUUGGCCGCUGGAUUGGCUGCCUUGGGCCAGCAACAAGACCUCGGUGUUUCAGCUGGUCAGCAAGGACUACAUCCGGGAAAUGACUCGGCCUUCCUUCCCGCAGGUCGUGUCGACCUACGGCUUCCUCGUGUGGUUGAACCACGCAACAUCUCCGGAGGACAGCAGCUGCUGCAUGUGCACCUGCGGCGCUUGCUUCGGCAUCAACGGCCCGCCCAUCUUCGGAGUCAACGAGGAGGCCUGGUUCGCCACGGGCUAUCUCACGAGGUAUCUGAUCAUGCUGCCCGAGCGCGAUGCCUUUGUGGUAUCUUUGGGGAUGGAUUUGACGGGUUCUACCUCCUGUUCAGUCACCUGGUCCUGGUUUUCCAUCACCUAUGACGACUCCUUUGGAGCUCUGCUUCAUUACCUGGUGCUGGAAGCUGCCUUGCCACUGCCUGCCUCCACGACUACCCUCACGAGCACCACGACGACCCGAACCUUGACCAGCACUACGCAGACCUUGACCACCUACACCACCACCUCUGGGACCACUGUUCUUCAGACUACCACCACCUCGCUCACUUCGGCGGCUCACGGCAACUGGCCCUUGGAUUGGCUUUGGCCCACCACGAGCACCACCACUGCCGGAUGGUGGCCGCUCGCUUUCUUCGACGGUGGGCUUAAAAACGCCAACUCGACAACUACCACGACCACCUUCGAUCUCUCGACAGUGAUUUACAACCACGGGACCAAAUCCAACGUAUCUCAUGUGCGCCGUUCGAAGCGCCACAAGAAGAAAGAGCAUGAAGUGGACAAAGGAUACAUGGGCGGAUCGUGCACUUGCAGCUGCCCGGUGGAUCAAGACUUCGGGCGUUGCUACCCUCUGCCUAACGACAUGGUGUUCGGCAAAUGGAGCCAUGGACAGGAGGCCUGCGAUGUCUUCGGUUCCGGGUACCUGCUCUCGGAGCGCUCCUGCCCGAAUGUCGGUGUCGUGCAACCCUGCACAAGUAAUUCCUGGGCCAUCGGUGGCGGCACGCAUGACGUGUGUGGGCGGAGCUUUUGGACGGAGGAUAUGGGUUUGAACUGCUCGCAACUCACUUUUUGCGACAGCAGCCACGGGCAGCCCAUCUUUGUCGACACUCGCCGCCUCGCCACCUGCUCCUGCAACGUCGUGCGGUGGAAGUGCGACUAUGAUUACGAGGCCUGCGAUGGCAACGACACCUACUACCCUCCUGGCUCCGCGGAGCUUGCUCAGCGUUUGCUCCAGCACUGGUCUGCACCGCAGCCUCAUGCUAAAGGAUGGUUCAGCUUCAGCCUCACUAGCGUCACGGGCUCCCUUGCCCUCGCUGUGGCCCUUGGAAUCUUGGUGGCGAUCGGAGUUCGGCGCCGCCGAAACGACUUGGGAGAUUACCGCCCAUUGUGA